UCCAACGGUCCAAGUAACCCCAAGAAACCCUGUAAGGUAUACGCUCCCCCUCCGCCGCCACGACCGAAGUCGUACCGGCGCCUUCAUCCACCUCCAACCCUAGGCUCCGGCGAUGGCACGCUCCGCUCGCCGUCGGCGUCCGCCGCCUCCGCCGCCGCCGCCGAGGGUUUCCUCUUCGGAGGAGACCGCCUCCGACGAGUCGGAGGAGGAGGAGGCUGUCGCUACUCCCGUCGUCCCCAACAAGGGAGAGGAAUCCGACUCCUCCGAUGAGGGGGAAUCGGAGGAUGAAGAGGAAGCGGAGGAGGACAUGGUAAAGUCCUCCGCUACCAACAGCAGGGCUCCACCGCCGAAGAAUCUCGAGGGGGAGGAAGAGGAUGAACCGUCCGAAUCAGAGAAGGCGCCGCAGCUGCCGCCGAAGAAGCAGGCUUUCCAGCGCAUCUGGUCGACCGAGGACGAGGUGCGCAUCCUCGAGGCGCUCGCGGCUCACCGCGAGGAGCACGGCGCGCUGCCACAGGGCGACGCGCUCGCCGCCUCCCUCGCCGGUAUCCUCGACAAACCUGGCUGCGAUCGCAGGGGGCUCCAGGGCAAGAUCAGUACCCUCAAACGCCGGUACAAGGCCAUCGCCAAGAAGGGCGGCGAGUUACCCAGCAAGGGUGACGACCGCCUGCUCUUUGACCUCUCCAAGAGGAUCUGGGGCAGCCAGGCGGCGAACGGCGCCACGAGGGAGUUCGACGAGAUGUGCGAGUUGUACCCGCACCUCGCUGAGGAGGUGAAGGCGUGGGAGGAGAAGUACCCCGGCUUGUUCAAGAGGGACUUCGGCAGGAUCGACGACAACAAGGCGCGUGCGCUGGACAUGAAGAUCAAGAAGCAGAGGCUUGCCGAGAUGAAUGUGGAGAUGCGCAGUAGCAACCUGACCAGGCAGGUGGGCAAGGUGUUUGCGGAGCUGGCCAAGGUGAACUGAACCAAUGAACAGUCGUACACUCGUUCUAGCAUGACGUUAAGGUGUACUACUGGUUAUUACCUGCAAACCAUAUGGUGAACAGCAGCAGCUUUAGUUGCAAAAUGUUCAUCUUAUAUUAGUGAUAGAGUUAGAUGUUCUGUGUUCUUGCCUAGGCAAUUUGGUUAUCAUCACCCGAGCUUGCAUCUUAUAGUGAUAGAGUUGGAUGAUCUAUGUUAUUGCCUAGGCAAUUGGUCAUCAUCACCUGAGCCUUGAUGGCUUGUCUUUUGGUGUCUUGUCAGCUCAGAGCCUUAGACAUUGAUCAGUGAACGUAGUAAUUAAGACUGAAAUUCACGCGGUCCUGAA